AUGACAGUUGCUCCAAAUAUCGAUGAACAGAUCGCGGACCUGAAAUUUAACUACGAGGUUCUGAUCAAUGAGCUGUUCCAUUUGAAGGAGUUCACGUCUCUGGUGGAGUAUGACCCCUGCUUCCGCAACUCUUCUGAGAGUUUCGAGCACUUCGUUAAAACUUCUGGCCUGGGCCUUUCAAAGCCUGCCAUCGAGGCUGUUGAGGAUGCGAGUGCUUCACGGAGGGUACGAAGACGCCAGUCCAGGCGCGAAACCAUUCCUGAAGCUAGCUGUUCGGAAUCGGUGGAGGGAUUAAUCGACGAGAGGUUCCAUGAAUUGGAGUGCCAGAUGACCAAUAAGAAGUACAAGCGGCAGUCUCCCGCUAUACGUGAACUUAGCGCACCUAAGAAGCGCAAGGCUGCUGUGAAAGUUGAAGCGCCUCCCAAAGAGAGUAUAAAGAAGGAAGAGGAGAAAAUUGCUCCUCCCUCGCCGCCAAAGCUGCACCACAAGUCAUCUUCCAUAGAUAAUGAGCAAGUCAGCGAUAAAGGUUACAAUAGCAUGUGCUAUACAACCUCUUCGUCAGAGGACGAAGCGGAAAAUAGGAGAACAAAAAGGAAACGCCCUCGAGUGAAUCUUAUAGUGAACAUUCCUAAACAAACCGUGACCAACCCGCUCCAUGUAACUAAGCCAGAAUUUGGUUCACUUUCCGAGUUCCUUCAAUCUUACAAAUCUUUGGAUGAAGAUAUGUCCAUAGAAGAGUUUAACAAGUUCAUUGAAGAACAACGGCGGUUGUUUGCGAACAUACGGAAAGGACUGGAAAGCGGUGUGCUAAAGUACGACCCCGCUACUGACUCGAUUGAGCCAAUUACACUGAAAGAUGCAGCUGGUGUACAUGCCCACAGGCCGGAGCCUAUCACAUAUUUCUACAAGGAACAGCAGCAGUACACCUUUCAGGACCACUUAAUUAACCAGGGUAUUGUAAUGAGCAGGGCUUUUCAAGAAACAAAAAAAGCUCGUAUUUCAAGGAUUCGAAAAAUAACACAGAUGAUAGAGCAGCACUUCCGCCACAUUGCGGGAGCCGAGGAACGUCGGCAGAAAGAAGAAGAAAAGCGUUUGAAGACUAUGGCGCGUACAGCUGUUCAGGCGGUCAAACGUAGGUGGGUCACCGCCGAGAAGGCUUACAAAGUCUUAAAGAAAGAUGAGGAAGACCAGUUAAAGAAGAUCCAAGGCAAAGAGCAUCUCAGCAAGAUGUUGGAACAAAGCACUCAGCUACUAGGGGCUCAGCUUAAGCGCCCUAACCAAGACGAUACCGAAAAAGACCUCAACACAUCCGCUAGCCAUAGUGAUGUAGACCAGAGUGAUAGUAAUAGUGAUUCUUUUACAUCUUCUGAUGAGGAAGACUCGGCAAGUGGCAAUGAAGAUGACGCCCGUCUUUCAGUUGAACAACUUCAAAUGAAAUAUGCGAAUUUAGAUUCUUCUCCAAAAUCUGAAGACGAGGAGUCUAAAACUGAAAGGGAGGACUCGAUGGAUGCUGCACCAGUUAACCUGCUAUCCGAAAAAGAGCGGUUAGAGUUGAAGAAGGACCUUGAAGACAAGAGCCUGGGUCUGUUAGAUGAAAGUGACGAUGAAGACACAGACUCUAUGAGCGAACAUUCCUCAGAACCUGAUUCUGGAGAAGAUGAACAGGGAUCUGAAGCAACAUCUGAAAGUGUACCAAAGAGUGAUGAUGGUCUUGCCUCCAUUUUCAACAAUAUUGAGGAAGGAGAAUCAGAAGUUGAAUCAGACUACGCCUCUUCGACUUCAGCUGAAGAAGAUGAUGCCUUUGAUUCUGAAGAAAGCGCUGAUGAUAAUUCACAAGAGGACUUAGAUCAUAGUGCUAAUGUUGGCUACGAGAAAAAGCCCGAGCCACAGGGCGGACAGUUGGUGCCGGAAAAGGAUUCUUUGACCGUUGUGGAUGUCCCAAUUCCAUCUCUACUUCGGGGAACUUUAAGGAUUUACCAGAAGCAAGGUCUUAAUUGGUUGGCCUCACUUUACAACAACAACACCAAUGGUAUUCUUGCGGAUGAGAUGGGGCUGGGCAAAACCAUCCAGACAAUUUCCCUCCUAGCCUACUUGGCCUGCGAAAAGCAGAAUUGGGGCCCUCACUUAAUCAUUGUACCAACCUCCGUUCUAUUAAAUUGGGAAAUGGAAUUUAAGCGUUUUGCUCCUGGCUUCAAGGUCUUGACAUAUUACGGUUCUCCGCAACAAAGGAAAGACAAAAGAAAGGGAUGGAAUAGGCCUGACGCUUUCCAUAUCUGCAUCACUUCAUACCAACUUGUAGUUCAUGAUCAACACUCUUUUAAGAGGAAAAAGUGGCAGUAUAUGAUUCUGGAUGAGGCCCACAACAUCAAAAAUUUCCGUUCAACCCGUUGGCAAGCACUUCUAAAUUUUAACACCGAGAGAAGGUUGCUACUAACGGGAACACCGUUGCAGAACAAUCUCGCCGAGCUGUGGUCCUUGCUGUAUUUCUUGAUGCCCCAGACAGCUGUCGGCAACAAUGGAGGCAUUCAGGGAUUUGCGGACUUAGAGGCCUUUCAACAAUGGUUCGGUCGGCCGGUUGACAAAAUCAUUCAAAUUGGCGAAGGCUACGCGCAAGAUGAAGAGACGAGAAAAACAGUUACAAAGUUGCAUCAAGUACUUCGUCCAUAUCUUUUGAGAAGAUUGAAAGCAGACGUUGAAAAACAAAUGCCUGCUAAGCAUGAACACAUUGUCUAUUGCAGACUAUCAAAGCGUCAAAGAUUUUUGUAUGACGACUUUAUGUCUCGGGCACAGACAAAGGAGACUCUCGCUAGCGGGAACUUCAUGUCGAUUAUCAACUGUUUGAUGCAAUUGAGAAAAGUCUGCAACCAUCCAGAUCUCUUCGAAGUUCGGCCAAUUUUGACAUCUCUAUGCGUGGAAAAAAGUGUUGCGCACGACUAUGUGUAUUUAAACAACUUGGUGUCGCAAAAAUUGCAUGCAAUGGACCAUGAGAGAGAAAUCGAUUUGGAGGUUCUAAACUUGAAAUUUACUUCAAAUGACUGGUCAUUAUCUACACACCACGCAGCUAGCAUAAACAAGAGCCAAUGCGUAGAGCAGUUUGUCAAAGAAGUUUCAAAGUUGAGAGCUGAAACGGAGGAACAGCUGAAAAUGGGCGCAUCAGAAUCGGCGCUAAAUUUCCAGGAUAUUAACCAGUUUUAUCGAACAUUUGCAGCGAAGAAAACAGACGACAUGAUGGGCCGACUUGAGCAUCUGCAAUACCUCAACAACAUGCGGUGCACAAGGAAACCGGUUUACGGAAAUAACCUCAUCAAGCUCCUCAGCAUUAACAAACCUGUCAGAGAGGGUCCACUCAAAGAACUCUGCCGGCCAUUGCAAACCAGAAUUUUGGACAGUGAUGCUUUGAUUGACAAGUUCGCUGUAAUAACACCUACUGUGGUUUCUCUAGAUAGUAGGAACAUGGCAUUGGGCUUGAAUGACGAAAGCGAAUUCCACUCGAAUUUGAGAGAGGAUUUGAAGCAGGUGCUCAGGAGAACAGACAAUCCGCUCCACAAGUUGCAAACUAAGCUCGCCAUUGCCUUCCCUGACAAAUCGCUACUGCAGUACGACUGCGGUAAGCUCCAAAAGCUGGCUACUCUGCUGCGCGAUUUGAAGGAUGGCGGCCACAGAGCUCUCAUUUUUACGCAGAUGACGAAAGUCCUGGACGUGUUAGAGCAGUUUUUGAAUUACCACGGAUACUUGUACAUGCGACUCGACGGUGCGACCAAAAUCGAAGACCGGCAGAUUUUAACGGAGCGGUUCAAUACCGACAACCGCAUUACAGCCUUCAUUUUGUCAAGUAGAUCUGGCGGGCUGGGAAUCAACUUGACAGGCGCAGACACCGUUAUAUUUUACGACUCGGAUUGGAACCCUGCCAUGGACAAGCAGUGCCAGGAUCGGUGCCACAGAAUCGGACAGACGCGGGACGUCCACAUCUACCGGUUUGUGAGCGAGCACACUAUCGAGAGCAACAUAUUGAAGAAAGCCAACCAGAAGCGGCAGCUAGACAACGUAGUGAUCCAGCGUGGUGACUUCACAACGGACUACUUCACAAAGCUCUCAGUCAAGGACUUGGUGGGAGCGGAGGUGCCGGAAAUCGAGGCCAACAACCGGCCGCUUCUGAUGGACGCAGACGCGGCGACCAAGGACCCCCGCAAGCUGGAGAAACUGCUGGCGCAGGCGGAGGACGCGGACGACGUCAAGGCAGCGAAGCUCGCCAUGAAGGAGGUAGAGGUCGACAACGAGGACUUCCAAGAGGUGAAGAACGGCCCACAGGGGCCUAAAGAAGACGACGCGUCCGAGGAAGACGACCCGGACGACGAGUACCAGGGCACCCGUCAUGUCGAGGAGUACAUGAUCCGCUUCAUCGCGAACGGGUGGUAUUGGGAGUAG